AUGUCAAGGUGCUCGUGUGGCAUCCGUCAUGAUCGUGAUCCUAACAGGCUUUUCCCUGCCUGCCCAGGAGACCUCCUGGCUCUGCCAAGGAGCGACUGCAUCGCAGCAGAACAGCUGUGCCUCUCGGACCCUGCCUGCAAUGUCACCUACAGGACCCUGGAAGACUGUGCCCUGGCCAAGACUCAUGUCCUUCCGCUGGACCACAACAGCAGGGUCAGAUGUCUGAAUGCAGAGCUCACCCUCGGGAACAGCUCUUUGCUGCACUGCAAGUGUCACCGGCGCAUGAAGAGGCAGGAGCACUGCUUGCGCGUCUUCUGGACCGUUCACUCCAGCGUGACAGAUGGUUACUUCAAUUUGGAGACCUCUCCCUAUGAGAACCCAGCAAACGAAGAACAUUGGAAGACAGAUUAUAAUAAACUGGCAGCUCUGUUAUCAGGCUCACAGUUAGCAGGAGAUGCAACAAAUCCAUGCCUGAAAGCAACUCAUGUCUGUAAUCUGAGCAAGAAGUGCGUUCGUCUGCGCACAGAAUAUGCCUCUAUCUGCACCAGGGGAGCAGGAAGCGAGGACACGUGCGACCGUCGCAAGUGCCACAGAGGGCUAAGGAAUUUCUUUGAGAAAGUCUCUGAGGAUUUCACCAAAAGGAUCCUAUUCUGUCCAUGUCAGGAUGAACUUUGUGGAGAACGACGCCGGAAAACUAUUGUUCCUGACUGCUCCUUCCAGUCUAACACCAAACCCAAUUGCCUCUGGCUUCUGGACUCCUGCUUAGAAGACCAUAUCUGCAAAUCCCGACUGGCUGACUUCCAACAAAACUGUCAACCUGCAGACAUGUCUCCAGAUGGUUGCUCUCAGCACAACCAUGCUGCAUGCCUGCAGGCUUACAUGGGGAUGAUUGGCACGCCCAUGACACCCAACUAUGUCAGUAACUCCAGCGUGGAGAUCUCCCUGUGGUGCACAUGUGAGAGCAGCGGCAACCAGAAGGAGAAGUGUGACCAGAUACUUGGCAUGUUUGAGAGCAACAAAUGCCUUGAAAAUACCAUUUGGUCUCAAAUGCACCUGAAGCAGACAGCUGUAGAAAGACAGGAAGACUUAUUUUAUUCAUCUUCCCUAAGCUUCCAAGGAGACAGUGCCAGCACAUCCCUUGCUUCAGAAAUGUCCCAGGUGGCUGAAGGGAAGACACAGCGAGACAUCUCCGAGCACAGCAGUAUGCCCAUGGCCUCCUCUGUAUACUCUGGAGCUCCUAUUGCUUGGCCGUCUCUGGUUCUGUUCCUGCCUCUAUUGCUAAGCCCAUGUUAACUUGGCAUAAAUGGCAUCAUCUUUCCUUCCCAUAUAAUUAAUACUAUUCUACAUCCAGGCACCUCCCACUACUGCUUUACCUUUGGGAAGCAGAAGGCUUCCAGAAAAGAGGAAUGGAACCGCCUUAACCCAGAAGAGCAGUCACUGAAAACCUCCCGCUAGCUUGCACCCCACAAUCACCCCAUCACUUUGCAUUGAGCUCUGCAGACACGGUGCCCACCAUUGCUUCUGCCCUGUCAGCAUUCUGAGAAACAGCCAAGCUAAUAUUCCAGCACAAUAUUUUAAAACCAAGGUCUGAGUUCUGUCAGAACUUGUGCAGGUUUGAUUUCCGACUGCAGGGAGGGACCUGACACAGUCUGUCCUACCACCCCACCUUCUGGAGCUCUUCCUCAGGCCUAGGCUCAUGGAACAGUUUGCGUUGGAAGAGACCUUUAAAGAUCAUCCUGUCCCACCCCCUGCCCCAGGCAGGGCCACCUUCCACUAGCCCACGUUGCCCAAAGCCCCGUCCAGGGAGGGGCAGCCACAGCUUCUCUGGGCAGCCUGUGCCAGGGCCUCACACUUCCAUCAUAAACAAUUUCUCCUUGUGUCCAACCUAAACUACCCUCUUGCAGUUCAAACCACUGUCCCCUGUCCCGUCACUACAGGCCCUGGUGAAAAGCCUCUCCCUGUCUGAUGAUCCCCUCAUACACUGAAAGGACACCAUAAGGUCUCCACAGCCUUCUCCCCUCCAGGCUGAACCACACCAACUGUCUCAGUCUCUCUUCACGGGAGGGUGUUGCAGCACUCUCACUGUUUUUGUGGCCUCCUCUGGACCCGCUCAAACAGGUCCAUGUCUGUUUUGUUCUGGGCACCCCAGAGCUGGACGCAGGACUCCACAUGGGGCAGAGCAGAGGGGGAGAAUCCCCUCCCUCGACCCUCCGGCCACGCUUCCUUUUGUGCAGCCCAGGACAGGAUACGGCUUUCUGGGCGCAGGCACCCGUUAGCAGCUCGUGUCCCCUUGUUCAUCCCCCAGUAUCCCCAAGUGCUUUUCUGCAGGGCUGCUCUCAAUGCAUUCAUCCCCCAGUCUGUACUGGUACUGGGGAUUGUCCCAGCCCAGGUGCGGGACCUUGUCCUUGGCCUUGUUGGACUUCAGGAGGUUCAGGGGGAUCUGCUCCUCAAGGCAGAGCACAGCUUACCAUACUAAAGACUACAAGUCCGUGCUCCAGGGCGGGUUACAAGUAAAGCUCAAUAAACAUACCCAUAAUGUCCCUGGUAAACACCAGUUCUAGAUUAGUUUCAGUUCCCUUUUCAAAUCCAUUCUUUCAAGUAUAUGAAAAAUACCAUCCCAGUUCAAGGACACUACACUACAGUUUAUAUUCUUGCUUCUUUCUGUUUUGCCCCUUGCAACAUACAUGUAUCACCCAUUAUCAUGGUUAGCAACUGAUUUGCGUUUUUUGGGUUACGAUGAACGUGCUCAACCCCAGUAAAUUUAGUCUCAUCUAGCGAAGGAUGAUCUUGCCUGGCCUCAGGACCAACCUUCUUCAUAAUGCUUAGAGAAUGCAUAUAGCUCUUUGAAGCUGUAUUGACCACAAAACCCCUGGGACAUUCAGUUGCAAAAAUCUCUGGGAGCUGCAACUACCUUCUACCUUCCCACAUACUCCAGUUGUCAUUGUCCCCUUCCGUGCUGCCUGCCCAAUCUCCUCCUCUCUGCCAAGACAUUUCAUGACCUGUUUAUUCUUAGUGUAAACGUGUGCACUGUGUAACUGCUGUUUUGUACUGCAUUUGCCUGUUAAAACAUGGUGUUAAGUGAAUAUUGAUUUCUGAGCAUAGGUUAAUAGUCCACAAUCAAUUGUGUGCAAGAGUUGCCUCAUCAGCCAGCCUAUGCUUCCAGGAGCUAGAAGCUCAGCUCAGAGCAGCUCCUCGGUGGGCACACACCCUGCCCCUUGCACAUCCUAUGAUACACAACAGAUCUGGACGUGGUUAUACGCAGACAGAUAAUACUACAGUCCCGAACAGAUGCAGAACAGGUGGGUAUUUCUUUUUACCCUGUGCUUUAUAUGCUGCCAGCUAGGUAAUACACUGGUUCCCAGUCACUGCCAGACACACCUUCUCAUUACAGAAUCCUAUGUUGUCGUGUGGAUCAGAGUAACUGUCCUUCCGAGGUGUAACACUUCCAUUUCAAAUUCCAGCCUUCUCUUUACUUCCUGGGUGGGUAGGGCAAGCACAUCACUGCAUCAAGCAGAACCAACUCCUCUGUUGCACGGAGAAGCAACAUAUUAUUUCCGUACAGUAGGAACAAAUAUCCUGUCACCUAAAUAAAAAGGAGUACGAAUGCUGGUAUUUGAUUACCUACUGAAAUGUGGCUACUUGGAUCAAAAGCCAGCACUGUUUCCACAUGUUUGCUACCAUUCUUUAAUGAAAACAGAGUCCACGUUACCAUAUUCUAAUAUCUACACUAGUCCAUCCUACAUACGGUGGGACUAGAAACAUGUCAAGACCCUUGACUGCAGUGUAAUAGCAUCUGUCAUCUCCAGAAUUCAGUGGAGAGUAACAGGGGAGAAGAUGAUGUUCUUUCCAGUAUUCCACAAACCAGUGAGGCUAUCUGCAAGAAUAUGCAGUAGAUUUCCUUGAGCCGUCUGUACCACACAGUGUGCUGCAUUCAUCUUCCACUCAUCUGCACUCUGAUCUUUCCUCCUUCCCCGCUUCAGUGCUCCAAGACAGGCUGAUAUGGAAAAAGGCACCAGCAUUCUGUUGUUCAUAUUUGGGGCACUUUGGCCCCUUACCCCUACUAAGAAGGUUAUUCAUUGCAACUACAGCCUCCUCUCAUGUCUGGGAUUACAUCAAAAAAUGGUUGACACUCAGACAAAUCCUGCUCUAGACAAAUCAAAGCAAAACUUGCCAGUUUGGGUUUUUCUCCAAGUGUCCCUAUGACCCUUUCACCCGUACUCUGCACCCUUAUGUACAUGGCUGCUCCUUAGGCUUGUCCAUCAAUAACUGCAAACACAAUUCACCUCUAAAUACACCUGCAUUCACAGGUACUCACACUGCUAUGAGUGCAAACCCAUUUUCACUUAGAUUUUUGUAACACCUGAUCUCCAAAUCUCAUUUAUUCGACUGCACAGCAGACAUGUAUGCACAAGUGCAACUACUGCUAGAAAUGCCAUGCCAGUAUCAGCAUCAGUUCAGUUCUGUAAGCACCACCAAUGCUCAAAGACUGGCAGUUACCUAAACCCAUUCAGAACUGUUCUUACUAACCAUACUAGAGGGCAAUUUACAAAAAAAACCCAUCUUCUAUUCACCAGAAACUGGAAUACAACAUCCCAUGAGUACCUUUGGUUUAAAUACAAAAAUAAUCUAACAAAAAUUCACUGUCCAGAUAGCCUUAACAUUGAGCUCUCAGCAGGCAUAUACAAGGAGGGAACCUUCUAAUUGUUGUAAUGUAGAUUAUUUUUAAAAGUGUAAAAUAAUGCCAAAUCUCUCAAAUAAAAUUUAUCUUCCAUCU